CCGACACAUUGAAACCAUUUGCGGCAGUUAGGGUCACACACGUGUUGUCAUCGCAUGGAAGUCUGCCACUGUGAAAGUAGCUGAUAGUCGAUCAAAGCUGAGAAUCGAAGAAAAUGUCGUUCAGAGGAGGAGGUGGACGAGGCGGUGGCAGAGGUGGAGGUUUUAACCGUGGUGGAGGAGGUUAUGGUGGAGGCAGAGGCGGAGGAGGAUUUGGUGGCGGCCGAGGUGGUGGAUUCGGACGGGGUGGUGGAAGAGGCGGUUUUAACAGACAGCAAGACUAUGGACCUCCAGAAUAUGUUGUUGCAGUGGGAGAGUUCAUGCAUCCAUGCGAAGAUGACAUUGUGUGCAAGUGUACAACGGAGGAAAACAAAGUUCCCUACUUCAAUGCCCCAGUGUACCUGGAAAACAAGGAGCAGAUCGGGAAAGUGGAUGAAAUAUUUGGCCAGCUGCGAGACUUUUAUUUUUCAGUCAAACUUUCUGAAAAUAUGAAAGCAUCUUCUUUCAAGAAAUUACAGAAGUUUUAUAUAGAUCCAAUGAAGCUCCUCCCACUGCAAAGAUUCCUCCCUAGGCCGCCAGGAGAGAAAGGGCCACCAAGAGGAGGCAGAGGAGGGGGUAGAGGAGGAGGGAGAGGUGGUGGUGGUCGAGGAGGUGGUUUUCGAGGAGGACGCGGUGGAGGAUUUGGAGGAGGACGUGGUGGAGGAUUUGGAGGAGGACGUGGUGGAGGAGGAGGCGGCUUUAGAGGAAGAGGAGGUGGAGGUGGUGGCCGUGGAUUCAGAGGUGGUAGAUGAUCUGACUCUGAGAGUCUGGCGUGGUCUUAUCCUCGUCUUCACCUGCUCCAGCUAAAAGGCUGCAAUCUGCGUCAGAUUGGAUUCAUACGGACAUUACCUCUGUGUAUAGAAUUUAAGUGGAUUUUCUCUUGUUUUGUUUUUGUACCGGUUUUUGAUGAGCAAUGGAUCUUCAUAAUUUUUUAUUUAAAAGGUUCAUAUCCUUGUGCAACAUAGUGGGGACCUUUUCUGCCUGUUAAUGAAGGUUAUUGGAUCCCUAUGUGAACAGGCAUUUCAUUAUCCUGUGCCGAUUUUGGAAAAAUGUUUGAAGAUUUCAGGAAACGCGAUACAGAUGUUUCUUUCUUCACAGCUGUGUGGGGAAUCAGACUUCAUUCAAUGUUGAAAAUAUUUUAAUACAAAAUUUGUAAUUUCUUCAGCCAAAUAUUGUUGCAUUUUUGUUAAAGACCUUCAUUAAAAGGUGCUUUUGAA